UUUGAAGCAGCGUCCUGGAGUCAUCCCAGAAUCUUUAAGAUGACGGCCCUCCUUCAGUCGAUGGACGCUCUUCGUCUUGGGGAGAAGAUAACUGUCACUCUCGAUGAUCCAAAUCAUGCUCCGACGGACUGGAAAGCAAGGUAUAUGGAGGUUGCGGAUAUGCUGGCAGAGACCAGAGCCGAGCUUGAUGACUUCCAGGUAUCUAGUAGAGAGCUUGAGGAAGAGCUGGAGAGAGAGUUGGAACGUACGGAGAAGGCGCAGCAAGAGCUCAAGGUGAAAGCCGCCAAGGCAGAGCAGGAGAAGGAUGAAUGGAAGUCGAAGUUCAUGUCGCUGCAAACCACGCACAAUACGACUACCACGUCUUUGCAACGUGAGCUUGAUACUAUUCGCAAAGAGCAUCAGCAGUUCAAGAUAGAGCUUCGUGAGCUGGAGAUGGGCAACGAUGACCUGGAGCGGAGCGAACGUGCCAUCUCAUCCAGCCUCGCUGAUGUCGAACAGAAAUACGGGAAAGUACUCGAAGAGAAGAUUCUCCUUGAACAUGAGCUCCUUGAUAAAGCUACUGUUGAAGAGGAAUUACAGCGCCUCAAGGAUGAACUUCGAGACGCCAACGAGGAAAUCAAUGUAUUGAAAGAGCAGCUUGCUGCGGCUCUGGACCGCGCUCCUGUAGAAAUUCCUCCUUCCGUUACGCCUUCAAGGGCUUCUCAACUCCUAGAAGAUGGGGAGAGCUUGUCGUCUGCGACUGUACCACCAGAAUCCAAUCCUACCAACUUCGCACCUUCGACUCCCACCAGGACUCUCCCACCGAUCAUCACUUCAUUGUCUAGAACCACCGAACCACUCGUUUCGUCUUCCGGCCAAGCUACGCUCCUUCACAAGGCAGGCUUCAACCCUUCGUCUGCCAAUUCCACUACGCCGUCCAACAAUUCUUAUUCCUCGGUUGUCCGGUCCAAUAUGAAUGUUACAUCGACCGCCAUCCGCCCCCCCACCUCUCGUGCACCAACAAUACGCCCGCUUACUUCUCGCAAUAUUUCUUCGAACAGCACAUCGUCCACAACUGCCAGUACUAGAAAAGGUGUCCAGAUGCUCUCCGAGAUGCGCGCGCGAGUGGAAGUCCUUGGACAGAAAAUCCAUACUCGCGUCCCUCGCAUUCGGAUGGGAAGUGUUAGCCGUGGUACUGGUUUUCCUUCCCCGAAGGCAGGUCCUUCCUCGAUUGCUUCGUCUUCUACGUCCAGUUCGCUACUAUCGUUAUCGCCGGACAAGCCACCUGCGCCAAAGCCGAAGGCGCAAAGCCUCGAUCUCGACAAGAACAAAACUCCAGUAGGCAAUACUUCGGGCUGGGUUCUCAUCAUGGAGGAUUCUCCGUCACCGCUCAAAGACAAGGAGAAGCACGUCCGACGGCGCUCAGGCGGCCCGAUAGCCCCGUCCUCCUACCGCGCCCUCGCUCUAACAUCGGUACCCGCCGUCAGCUCCCCUCCCGAAACUCGCCCUCCGAGCGCCUCAUCGCAGGGCCAGAUUCCUUCAGGUGUCCGGAGGCCCCAUUCGCGGACUUCAGAGGGAAGAAGCAGCGUCAGCACCAAUGCCACGUCAAGUACCGUGAGUUCGAUAGCGACCCCCGUUUCACGGCCAACAACACCAACAUUCCUUCCUAUGCCUACCAAAUCUCUUCACCCCGGCGGUUUGAAGCGGCCAACGGCCUCCGCUUUGCCUUCAUUACCUUCGCCGUCGGUAGGGUUCUCUUCGCCAUUCUCCUCGCCAUUCUCUUCGCCAUCAAGGCGUUCCACUGCGCCUACACGGCCAUCUGGGAAGCCUGUUCCUCCUUCUUUGAUCCAAAGUCGCAUAGCACGCCCUUCCCCCAACAGCCCUAGCCGGAAGCCUCAGAACCCUAAUCUCGUUGACUCGGAGUUCAAGUACCGAGCACGAGCCAGCAGUGACAUGCUGUUAUUUGGCCGAUGAACAUAACGACACCCGUUCUCGACUGUACUGUGGCAAGGUUAUUCUACGCCUGGACGCUGGACGCUUAGCGACUGCACCUUCAAGGAUAUUGAUAAUGACUAAUGACCGAGUCCGUAAUCCCCUGCCAGUUCGCUGACUGCACAUUCUUUCACUUUCGCAUCCGUAUGCCAGUACCUCACACUCGAGCCACCUCAUGACUAUUGCCACAUACUUAUGAUGAUGUGUAUUUUCUCUACGAUAGACAACCUUCGGAGCAGGCUUAGUUUUUGAGGAGAGCUGAGAGCUCGUAGACCCCCCUUCUCGAGUCCGCCGUGGCUUGCAUUAUAACCCUUCCGCAUACCCCCGCACUAAGUGCUAAAUCCUUUACCUUAUCGAGUCUUAAUGCCCUCCUUCGCUGUUACAUAGUCACUUGUUCGUGAGCAUGUUUAGUCGAUGCAGGCUACCUUUGUGGCGCUGGUAUUGGACGCCCG